GUGUCAGUGGUGUCACACGUCUGCGAUGUUUAUAUAAUCUCAAUGCUUCCAAGACGUAAAUGAGAAAAUAUGGAAGAAUUGGAGACACAUUUGUUGAAAAUUUGUGCUACGCAAUACCAAUUAAUUAACAAUGCCUCGCGCCGGACCUCGUUCAAAAGUCAAAGAAAGUGUAAUUGUUCAACGUCGAGGUGGUAGUCUGGGAGAAAGCAGCACAAGUAGUCAGGAUGAGGACGAUACAAAUAUAAAUCAGACAACAACAGAUGAUAGUGCCACUGCAUCACCCCGGCGAAGUCAGCGACGUAACACAAUGUUGCCAGUUAAACCAAGCGAUGGAUUUCGUACGCCAGAUAGUGAUGUAAAUGCAACGGAUUAUGGUUUGGAGUUUACUACCAGCCACAUACAGAAUCCAUCGCCCAGACGUUGUUCUACCCUGAGAACUGGUAGUUCUCAAGAGGAGUCGGCAACAAGAAAACGCGUGGAGCCUGGCGAUAAGGAGAAUAGUGUAGUUGGCAGUGAGCAAGAUACAACAACACCAACAACGACGGCGGCAGCAUCUAAGGCCAAACAGAAAUCUGCCAAAUCAAAGGGAAGGGGAAAACCUUUGGCCGAAAAGCAAAAUGUUCAAAAUGCCUCAACAGAAUCAGUCUCACAGGAAGACACUAUUAGCAGAAAAGAAACAGAGGCAAGGGAUGCUCAUGAAGAAAGUGAAAAUAGAAGAAUAGAACCUGCCAGUACGCUGAAAAAACCCCCUAAAAAUUCGGCACCAAAGAAGACGACGACCAUAGCCAAAAACAAAAAAGCCACCAAACCCGCGCAACAAGAUCCGCAAUCAUCUGUGGCACAAGAACCAUCUGCGGCAGCGCCCCCACCACCUCCAACUACGAAAAAAUCACGAAAACAAAAAACUCCCAUACAAAAGGAUCUAAUGUUCUUGCGGGAUGUACAAAAAUUACAAAAUCGUACUAAUUUCUUAAUACCACGUUUACCAUUUGCAAGGCUUAUACGUGAACUUAUAUUGGAUUCAUCGCGGCAAGUGGAUCGAAUCACCCCAACGGCAUUGGAAGCAUUGCAAGCUGCCUCCGAAAUGUAUGUAACACAACGGCUACAGGAUGCCUAUAUGUUGACACUGCAUAGGGGACGUGUAACACUGGAUGUUCGCGAUAUGGAAUUGAUUAACUUUUUGAAAAUGCAUAUUUGAAGGAGGGAAGAAAAAACACUCAUAUCGGAUAGCCAAAUUAGCAUUUACAAAUAUGAAAUUUUGAAUAUCUUACUUUUUUAUUUAAAGAUAGUUAACACGUAGAAUAUUGUUCUGUUCCAGAACCUGCAAGAAUCUACUGGUUUUAAUUUUUUUUCGAUAGCAUAAAGAGAAAAUCGCUUAUCCUAGUAAACAUUUUUAUAUUCUUGUAGUUCUAGAACAAAGCAAUAUGUUCCAUAAUUUAUUUUCAUUGCCCUAACCUUUUUUAUUUAUACGAUUUUUUGUGUUAAAGGUAUUGUUAAAGUUACUAAUUUUAAAAAAAAAGUAUUGUUAAAGUUUUUUUUUUUUUAUUUUAGAAUGUGAAGUCUAAAACAGUUCAAUAAAUGUUAACAACUCGAAACAAAUUGUAUUAAAAUAGUAAGACAAAAAUUCUUUGGAUCCAAGUCGUGUUUUGAUCUGUGUCCCCGAGGUAAUUUCACUGUAAGGAAAUUGAGUUAAGAAUUCCCAGAGAAGUUAAAUCUAUUAUUUACUUCAAAAAAAUGGAAAAAAAAGGACACAGGUUCUUUCAUUAGAUAUCGAAAACAUAUCGAUCGAAAAUAUGGCGUUUGACUUUGUUGCAGUUUUUUUAUCUCACCCUGUAAUUUUUAUCUACUUAAAUCAUCUAUCCCACCA